CAGCCAAACCCGGGUCCGGUCCUCAGCUGAGACUCCGCUCCGUGGUUUCCCAUCAUCCCUUGCUGCUGUGCUCGGUGUGUGUGUGUGUGUGUGUGUGUGUGAGAGAGAGAGAGGAGAGAGUGUGUUCAGUGUGCGGAGGAGGGAACCGGACCGCGGCUGCCGUCCGUUGUGUCGGGGUCAGGGAGCUUCGAGCGAUCCGGAGCAGAGCAGGGGAGAGUCCGGGUCCUGGUCUCUGAAAUCCAACAGCAUUUGAAUCACAAUCGAGGUGAAAGAGGGCUCGGCUGUGCUGCGGGGCGCUGCGGGGCGCUGCGGGGGAUGUGCGCACACAAUGGGAGACGACGCGCUGGCACCGUCCGGGACGCAGCGGUGGGGAAACACUCCCGGCUCGGUUGGGCUGUAAUGGAGACACGGAUACCGGAGCAGGAUCCAGAGCUGGCGGCGGGACGCACGGCGGAGGACUCCCGGUGGUAAGGACUUCUCUGCCCGGGCAGAAAGUGUUUGUACACGCCGGUUAAAAUUCGCUGGGAUGAACACGGAAUGUAUUUCCUGCGUCAAAGUCCGCGCUGUUUGCACAUCUGGAUGAGGGGAGAGUCGGUUAUUGCCCCGUAGCGUUUUGUUUCUGGUGCAGUUGAACCCGUUAGUGGAGAAACUUAUUUCCAUUUAAACCCGUUUAAAGCAGAAACCCUCUUUUAAUGUAAAUAGUGCAGCAGCACUGGAGCUUCAGUUCACUGGGUUUCUGACUGGAUCUGUGUCGGGCAGAGAUCAGAGCUGAGGAGGAGCAGUUUUUAUCAGGGAUGUACCUUCUGGACAGCAACUGCACUGAAAGGAUGGAGAGGGGCACGCCUCAGAGGAAAACCGUGUACCGGAUCUCCCUCACCUUGGUGAAGAGGGAGAGUUUGGACGAUGAGGACGGCGGGUCGGGCCCCCGGCGGGCAGAGAACCCCAAGGUGAGCGCCAUCCGGAGGGAGGGCUCGGCGGAGGUCCAGCGCGGCGGCCUGCUGGAGCAGCUGAAGGAGGUGGAGGACGAGUCGGACGAGUUCUCGUCGGCGCACGGCUACAUGAGGAACUUCAGGACGUUCAGCACGGGCCAGCUGGAGCUGGGGAGGCUGAAGGUCUCCAGGAAACACCUCCUCCAGAAAGAGCUGAAGGAAAAGGCCACGAGCCCGGUGGCGGAGCUCGGCAGAGAGGACUCGCAGGGGCAGGAAGCGGUGGACUCAGGGAGGCUUACAGAGGAUUUGUGCACUGAAGCUCCACAAACAGACGCCGCCGCGGAGAACGGCAGGAAGAAGAAGAGACUGCUGAAAGCCAAGAGCAUGGAGGAGAGGAGCCCCGACCUGAACGGCGAUGGGAAAAUGUCUCACUCCAAAAGCAACGGCAAAGCAGCCAAAGCCUCCUCCCCUGAGACGCCUCCUCUGAAGCGCCCCCCCGGCCUCCUGCGUCGCAGCUUCAGCUUCAGGCACUGGAGCGGCGGCGAGCUGCUGCGUCUGCGCGCGCUCUCCAAAGACAAACACCACAGCAGCUCCGGCUGCAUCGGCCGUGAUGCCGCGCCAGACGGCUGCGAGAAGGACCCAGAGGCUCCGGCGGUCACUCCCCCGGUCCCCCGCCACGCCCUCGACCCCACCCGGCAGAAGAGCAGGACCCUGGAGGUCGGCGCCGUCCUCAACAAGACGGACUCCAUGUCCGAGCUGAGCCGCUGGGAGCGAGCGCGGGGCAACAAGAACCGCACGCUGGACAUGCUUUGGAUUCCCAGCAUGCCUCAGGCCUGUGACGUCAUGGUGAUGUCAGUCGGAGACGCCGCUGUCUGCCGUCGAACAGAUCUAGAAACGAGGCGUCUCGGGGUCAUUGUCACUGCUGUCAUUCACACCGAUGGAGGUUUUCCUCGGCACACGUCAGAUGCGUUUGUGAACAGUCAGGAGUGGACGCUGAGUCGAACGGUACCAGAGCUGAAAGUGGGCAUUGUGGGUAACCUGGCCAGUGGUAAGUCGGCGCUGGUGCACAGGUACCUGACAGGAACAUACGUCCAGGAAGAGUCACCUGAAGACGCCAUCAGCUCCGCCAACCCGAGAGUGAUCGACGACAGCCGAGCCAGGAAACUCUCCAACGACCUCAAACGCUGCACCUACUACGAGACCUGCGCCACCUACGGCCUCAACGUGGAGCGAGUCUUCCAGGACGUCGCCCAGAAGAUCGUAGCCACCAGGAAGAAGCAGCAGCUGUCCAUCGGGCCGUGCAAGUCACUCCCAAACUCACCGAGUCACUCGUCUGUCUGCGCCACGCAAGUGUCGGCCGUCCACAUCAGCCAGACGAGUAACGGCGGCGGCAGUUUAAGCGACUACUCGUCGUCGGUGCCAUCCACGCCCAGCACCAGCCAGAAGGAGCUCCGCAUCGACGUGCCGCAGACCACCAACACCCCGACCCCCGUGCGGAAGCAGUCCAAACGCCGCUCCAACCUCUUCACCUCGAGGAAGGCGAACGAGACGGACAAGGACAAGAAAGGCCUGGAGGCUCGAGCCGACAGCAUCGGCAGCGGGCGAGCCAUCCCCAUCAAACAGGGCAUGCUGCUGAAGAGGAGCGGUAAAUCCCUCAACAAGGAGUGGAAGAAGAAGUACGUGACGCUGUGUGACAACGGACUGCUCACCUACCACCCCAGCCUGCAUAACAAGAGGAGAACUUUGAGUUCACCAUUGUGUCGCUGACGGGGCAGACGUGGCAUUUCGAGGCGACUUCGUACGAGGAGAGAGACGCCUGGGUGCAGGUCAUCGAGAGCCAGAUCCUGGCUAGCCUGCAGUCCUGUGAGAGCAGCAAGAACAAGUCUCGUCUGACCAGCCAGACGGAGGCCAUGGCUCUGCAGACGAUCAGAAGUAUUCGAGGAAACGGUCGCUGUGCCGACUGUGAAGCACAGAACCCGGACUGGGCGAGUCUGAACCUCGGGGCCCUGAUCUGCAUCGAGUGCUCGGGCAUCCACAGGAACCUGGGCACCCACCUGUCCAGGGUUCGAUCUCUGGACCUGGACGAGUGGCCGCUGGAGCUCAUCAAGGUCAUGUCGGCCAUCGGCAACGAGCUCGCCAACAGCGUGUGGGAGGCCAACACGCAGGGACACCUCAAACCUGGACCAGACGCCAGCAGGGAGGAGAGGGAGCGCUGGAUCCGGGCGAAGUACGAGCAGCGUCUGUUCCUGGCGUCGCUGCCUGGCACCGACCUGUCGCUGGGCCAGCAGCUGCUGAGGUCGACGGCCGAGGAGGACCUCCGCACCGUCGUCCUGCUGCUCGCCCAUGGAGCCCGACAGCAGGUCAACGAGACCUGCGGGGAAGGAGACGGACGCAACGCGCUGCACCUGGCCAGCCGCAAGGGCAACGUGGUCAUCACGCAGCUCCUCAUCUGGUACGGCGUGGAUCUGAUGGCGAGGGACGCCCACGGCAACAGCGCGAUGGCUUACGCCCGGCAGGCCAGCAGCCAGGAGUGCGUGGACACGCUGGCUCAGUACGGCUGCCCUGACGAGCGCUACCCGCUCAUGGCCACGCCCAACCUGUCACGCCGCAACACCAACCGCAACAACAGCUGCAGCAGCACCGGGAGCGCCGCACUCAUAUGACGAACAAAACAAACAAACCCCGAUUUGGGAGAAUCCUGACCGUUCAUUUUGGGAACCACUACCUGUUGUGUGACUUUAAGCCCCGCCCACCUCACCUGACAACCGCCGCCGUCAGCUCGUUACGACUGAUUUAGAACUGGCGGUGACGCUGCGUCCGUGUGUCUGUCUGCGGGAACCCUCAACAGGAAAAAGGCAUGGUGGGAAAUGUGUUCUGUCGUCGCUGGCUCGUCGGAGCAUUCUGGGAAAUAGCCACGACUCGUGACAGCCAAUGGCGGCCAGUCUGAAGCUCUAGGGACGUCAUACCUCAUCAACUAUAAUUUAACACUACAUGAGAAGUUCCCGCUCAAACUUUUAAACGCCAUCGUCUCGCCAAAAAAAAACAUAUCGUCAUAACCUAACGAAGAAAACUGUGAGACGAAGAUAUCACGAAGGAAACGAGAGGGGGAGUCUUCGUAGCAUGUCCACACACACUCGGUGCUUUACGAGGAAGCACAUCAUCAUCAUCAUCACCUUCAUCUUCAUCAUCACCUUCAGUCGAGGACUCCCUCUCUGCAGCGUCAGUGUUUCACCUCCUCUCACCUCCAUUUUAUUUUAUGAAUUCUGUGAACUCUCCCGCCUUUUACAAGUUUUUUUUGUUGUUGGUUUUUUUAUGUGAAAAAUAUCUCGAUGUAAAACUUUUAAGAUGAAAAAAAAAGAUAUCAGAUCAGUUCUUAGAGGUAAACAGAAGUGUGAUAGAUCGCAUGUCCUAGACACUUUUUCUAUUUUAAUUUAAAGCAUUCUUCCUGGAUUGUGUAUAUUGUAUCUAGAUGUGCAUUGCUGGACCAAUCGUUAACAAUGUCAACAUGGGGAAUGGGAUUGUUUCUGUUUGUUUUCGGGUGUAUAAAGUCAUUAAGUGUACAGAAGCUCUUGCCAGGCUCAGGGACCGGAGACUGUCGAUCAUAAACGCCCCGUCGUCUUUUCCCAGAGUCCUUAAACCCAGGUUUAAGUUGCUUCCAACUCACUCAGAAUUUAAAACAUCUCGGGUUGGACGAUAAGAUGUUGAAUACAUCUUAUGAUAUAUCGUCUUCUCUCGAUAACCGUAAGUAUAACAACACGUAAUGUUUUUAGGGCAACAACUAAUUUUUUUCAUUUUCGAACAAUCUGUAGAUUUAUUUCUCAACCCAUAGACACAUUUUUGUGUGAAAUUGCUCAUUUUGGCCGGCCAACAGCCCAAAACUCAAAGAUAAUCAGCCUUCUAAGAGCGGGAAGUCCAGAAGAUAAAUAUAAUGAUAUAAAUAUUGAGGGCUGGAACCAAUAAAUCAAGAUAUGAAAAUGGUCGAUGCUGCUAGACAUGUUUGUUUGCAGCUUACACCUGAAAGAUUCUGGACUUCUGAGCUGAAAUCUUGGGCUAACUGGACGGUUGAACAUCUGGCUAGAUGGUUCACUUUAACUAUAUUGCAUUCAGAUUAUUUUAUUGAUAAUAAACGAAAAUGAGUUACUUUAGGUCAGCAAAUUAUUCAUAGCAGCCCUAACUGUUCCAUCCAGGAAGUCACAAACAAUUAAAGGGUCCAGUGUGUAACAUUUAGGAGGCUCUGUUGUCAGAAAUGUAAUAUAAUAAUCAUAAAUGUGUUUUUAUUAUAAUCACCUGAAUAUAAGAAUUGUUGUGUUUUUGUUACCUUUAGCAGUGGGCGCCAUGUUGAACCACCAUGAACGUUUUCUCCACCGCAGUUUCUCCCUCGUGUUUGGAAAGGGAAGGUGAAGCGAGUGUGCUGUAAUCUGUAACUACACUGCUAGAUGCCACUAAAUCCUAUACACUGGACCUUUAAUGCACAUUUAACCAAUCCACGCGAAUUAUGUGAGAAAACGUUGAGCUGUACGUCACCAAACUGACUUCCUUGUUCCUAGUUGGUCUUUCUGGUGACGUCACAUGGACCAAUCCAAACAGACUUUCUCACGCAAUUUCAUAAACCGCAAUUUUUUAGAAGGGCUGCCAUAAAAUCAGACAAUUUAGUUUGCAACAAUCCCAAAAAGGUGGGGGUGUAUUUUAUGGCAAUAGAAAAGUCCAUUAUCUGAACUGACUGUAUUGUGAGCAUCUUAAACCUGAGCCUACGUCCCGGUCAAAUAACAUUUAAUUUAAAGUGUCCCUGAAGUGAAUUUUAUUGCUUUAACGUGUAAAAAAUGGAAAAGGGAAGAAAGCAGCUAACAGCCACACGGAGCGAAAAGGGAAUUUAUCUGCUUCUUCUCGUUGUUCAGGUGUUUUUGUUCUGUGAAUCUGUGAGUUCAGUUCAUGCAAUCUGCUGUCAGAUCUGACAAAAUUGGUGACGAGAUGGUUGACGGGAGGAGACGAGCUGUUUGUUAGAAACUCUAAAUCUUAAAUUAGUCUGUUAAGAUAACCGGAUAUAAAUAACGUACAAGUUCAUAGUUUCAUGUUUCUGUGUAUAAAAAUGUGUCUAUAAUGUUAUCUGAAUGAGCUCACAAGUUCCCUCCAGUCCCAUCUUUUAGUCUUUCGUCUGUCCCGUCCAAUCAGACAGUCUCCCUGAUCUGCUCAGCGAAUCACUAAGAAGGGCUUCUUCCUCGUCUCUGGUCUGAAAACCUCCUUGUUGUAAAUAAUGCUCUCUUUCUCUGUCACUUUCUCUCUUUCAACGGCAACAUCGUGUAAAUUAGAGAACACAGGAAGUACUUGCUGUUCGCCGGUAUGUCAGGUUGCAGAGUGGAAGUAAUUUACGCUAAAGUGUGUUUGUGUGGGGAACAAACAUCCUGGCGAACUGAAUGUCGCGGCUCAGUGUUGCGCCGAUCCGUCCAGGGCAAGAAGUUCAACUUUUGCGGGUAAGCCAAGCGUCUAAACCAGUGGUUCCCAGCCUGGAGGUGUUUGUUGAGCUGCAGUUCUAGUCUGAAGGGUCAGAAGAAGGUUUACAGGAUGAGAAAUCGAUAAAAGAAUAAUAAUUUACAUUAAGGGCUGUAGAAAGACCACUUAAGUCUAGUUUGAGAACAAGUCUAGACUGAGUCCAAAUGUAUACAAGAGAUGGGACAGAGUGGGAAGCACUGUAGUCAAGACCACCUUUGUCGAGUUCACGGAAAAUCUAAGUCUUAACCUUUUCCACCAACAGAAAACCAGCUCCGUUUAGGUUCAAGCACCAACCAAGCUGCUAAGAAUCUUGAAUGGAACCAGUUGAAGAACCAGAGCAAAUUUCGUGGAAAAGGGGUCGUUAAGUCAAGACCAACUCCAAAUGAGGGACAUAGAGUCGAUACUUUUGCCAUUGCCAACGAUUGCAAGUGCCAGUCACAGCGCCUGUUCUAGAUGGAUUUUGAAUUAAACCAGAACAAGUGCGCUUUGUCAGUGUUUUUGUUUUGAAGGAGGAAGUUACUUCAGAAAAACAACACAUGUUGUUGGAGUUCAGACUAACUGGAAUAUUAGGCAAGACCAGUGGACGAGUCCGGACUCGAGUACUACAGCAGUGCAAGUGGGCUAGAAAGCAAAUCAAGACCUCAUACUGCUGCCUCAUUUAGUCCAGGAAAAUAACCUGGACUUGGUCUAGAUAUGGGUAAAGGCGAGAUUUAAGUCCUUCAAAGCUACAUGGAUGUAGGAGGUUUGAGCUUAAGGGAGUCACAAACCGCAAAGGUUGGGAACUACUGGUCUAAAGAUCCACUUGUAAAGAACCAUUACACUUCGUAAGGUUCAUUUGAGGUCUCGUCACAUGUAGACAAAAAUUGUGAAAACACUCUGGUGUCGUCGGCGUAGAUUUGACUGCACGUUGAUUUCUUUCGGUAGCUGAAUGUGAAACAUGUCGACUGAACGCUAACUGAUCAGGAUCUUCGGAAAAGAAUCUGCUUAAUGUCGAUGUUUGUGCUUGAUGACUUUUACCUUCAACACUAUGCGGAGCAUCGACUGCUCGUCUCUUUGCUCUCUUUACUGUUUCAAAUCUUAAACGUUGCUGCGGAGGUUGAGGAGCAGCUCUCAACCAGACUGUGUAUCCAAGCAAUAUUCAUAAACGCAUCAAUCAAUGACGUAACUUCAUACGCUGACAUUGCUGCAAUAUUACUAUCAAACCACAAACACUCUGCCUGUUUGUAGAAAUGUAAGAAAGAGCUAAAAGAAAAACAUGAACUCAAAAUUUUCCUCCUUAUGCCUUUUUUCUUACAUGCCUGCCUUUAAGUUCCUUUUGUCGUCCAACCUUGUUACUGUACGUGCCACGGCCCCGUUUCCUUUUCCUGUCAUCUCAAAGAUGCCGUUCGAUCUCCCGUAAAUACUAAAUGAAGGGGUUCGACCGCAACUUGUGUUUUCAAAGUGUUUGAUUUUAUGUUUUUAUAUAAGAAUAAGACAUCCUUUUAUUUAUGACAGAAAUGCACUAAAUCUGAUUCAGUCCGUCUUAACACUUUCCACUACAGCUCUUUUCUCUUUUCUUUUAUUGGCACGAACUGUCAUUUGCUUUUUUCUCUAAGUGGUGGCGGCUUCUGGCGGUUUCCUCUAAACUGAUUUGUGCUCUUAUUUUGAAAAGCAUCUAAAUUGUGAGCAAGUUGGGAAUUCCCAUUCGUGUGAGCAGAGAAAGCUCAGUAACACCUGCUCGUAAAUGAUUGUAAGCACCAAAAUAGUCUGUCGAGGGGUUUGUGGAAAUGCUAACAUGUCUUUUCAUUCUGAGACUAAAUCCAGCAUGAAAAGUUGGGAAAUUAAUGGAAAAUGUCUUUAUUUAGGUUUACUAUAGCAGGAUAAGUUUGGUUUUAAUUGGCAACAUUGAGUCACUUUACAUGCAGUUAGUGAUCAGUUGAUCGUGAAGAAGCACAUUUGCUAAAUUCAUGAGUCACCUUGUUGCUAAUUUGUGCUCGAUGUGUUUUGCGACUUUAAGCCACUCUGAAAUCUAAAGUCUGUUUAUUUAAAGCUUAUUUUAACGUUUUAUAGCCGAAUAUGCUGAAUCAUCUGUCCUCGAAGCAAAUACAGCUUGCAAACAAACUAUUGUUACUUGUAGCUUAAGUCCGUUGAGUCUUGUUUUUCCCUCUGAGAAAAUUGGAAAAUGUUCAAGGAACAGAAACAUCCUGUGAAUCUACAGCGACCGCUAGCGAUCAGUUAGCAUUGUUAGCUUUGUUUUUCUUUGUUUUUGCAUUACAGUUUCCUCUGAACUGAUUCGUGAGUUUAACCAGCUUCAAAGGUUCGAGCCCCUCUGGAAUCCAUAUUUAUCUGAUCUCGUCGCAGCGUAGAAAGCUCUGCGAUAUCCGCUUUUAACUGUUUGUAUUCACAGAAACUGCUGAGUCAUCUGUCACUGAAGCUAACUGCAGCCAGCAUGGUAAUUUGCAACUUGCAAUCGAACUGUACUCGUCACGUGAACCCGUUCCUCGACACCAAACCGGACAUAAGAAGUGGUAAAAUGCUCAGCGGCGUCCUGUGAAGCUCCGGUUGCAGCUUAGUGGCGCAGUAUGUUUUUCUGGCGGCGUUCGCACAGACAUGAAGCUGCCUGCUUGUACAUAAACCCGGUCCGCUCGCCGGCGCCACCUCAUCUGUACAUAGACUUCAAACAACAAGAAACAAAACGACUCAGUAUGGUUUAAUGUUUGGUUUGUCUGGUUGUGUUACCUCUUGUAGCCUUUACCCCCCUAAGCCCCACCCGCCACAGCUGUCCUCUACAUUAUUUAUAAACGCACCCUGUGGGAAAGACUCCGCCCCCCUCGAACCUUCGUUUUUGUAUAUUUUUCUCUGACCUCUUCAGUCCAUGUUUUCUUCUUAUUGUUAUGAUUUAUCAUCCAGACACAUUAUUGUCCUUAUUGUUAUUCUAAUUAUUAUUAUUAUUGUUAUUGACUUUUUGUUGGCUGUACAGUACCGUUGUUGAAAAAUUUUACUUAAUACAGAGUCUUCUACUGUAAUGUGUCUCUUUUCAAUAAAGACAAGAAUAAUGCUUCUUAAUAUAA